AUGAUGACUUCAAUAAUAAAUAAAUAUCUUGACCACGAUUCUUUUUAUCGAUGGUGUAAAGGGUUUUUUAAACGUACGGUACAAAACAAACGUGUAUAUACGUGUGUCAGUGGCGCUGGGAACUGUCCUAUGACAAAGGAGCAACGUAAUCGGUGCCAAUUUUGUCGUUUUCAAAAAUGUUUGCACCAAGGCAUGGUUCUUGAAGCUGUGCGCGAAGAUCGGAUGCCGGGUGGACGAAAUGGUAGCGCUAUUUAUAAUUUAUACAAAUUGAAGUACAAGAAAAGUCAACGGAUUCAUGCAUUAUGUGAAACAAUCCUUAAAGAUAAUGUCUUAAAGCAAUCACCUUCAAGUAGCCCACCGGUAACUUCAUCUGCAUCGUCUGUACAACCCAGCACGGAGCCUCUUAAUCUUUCAAUAAAAAUGGAAUCAGCAAUCAAGAUGGAGACCAUUGCGCCAAUCUAUACUUCAAUGGUACAACCUCCCACGCAAAACAAGAAUUUAAUACAAGAUUCAAAAGCUUUAUGGAAACUGAUGGAAUAUGAAGAUUCAUGGGAUCUAGAACUCAUUGAAAUCGAUCGGAUAGAUAGCCUAAUUAACUUAAAAGGUUUGCAAAUCCCAGAGAACAUCGAAUGUGGAUCAGAUGAUAUGCCAGCUUGUCAGAGAUUAUCGCGCAUUGGAGACGAAAUUGUUGAACAGCUGGUUGAAUGGACAAAAAGACUGCCAUUUUAUCAUGAGUUACCCGUUGAGGUGCACACACAUCUAUUGACUCAGAGGUGGGCUGAAUUGGUACUUUUGUCUGCUUGUUUCCAUGCAACAAUAACAGCAUCUACGACAUCUACGAUACAUAGUGAUCUUCCAGUAAGCUCAACUACAAAAGAUGAUGUGGAAUCUGUUUCGUUUGUUGAUGCAUCAAUCAAUUUACGCUUACUUCAAAAAAGGCUUAGUGCUGUAAUGAAGAAAGUCAUUCCAUACGAGCAUGUCAAUAAGGAAGCAGCACCAUUAGUGGAAAAAUUCACUACACUUUUGCAUUCAUUCAGUCGUUUAAAAAUAACUCUCGAAGCUUAUGUUUGUCUGAAAGCAAUAACUUUGCUUCAUUUCACACCACCAACGAUUGAUGAUACGAACAAUGAAAUGAAAGAUUCAUUAAUGCAAACGGCUUACAUUCGUAAGGUAUCAAUAAUCCAGGAUCAGUUUGUUAAGGCAUUACAAAUUCAUCUAAGUCAGCACGAAAAUGGCGCUCGCCUUACCGAUAUUCUAACUUGGUUACCGAUGUUGCAUUCGGCAUCUUCAGUUCUUUUGCAUAGCAAAAUGUUUUACGUCCCUUUCCUCAUUUGUAAAAAUCCUGAACGGUCGCCUAUCACAUUCAUCAGUAAAAACGAAAUUGAUGAGGAAGCAGUGAUGAAAGUAGUUGAUUCAUAA